AUGUCGUCGGUACCCGACACGGGGCGCCUGGAGGCCCCCAUCACGAUCAAGGCGUACCUGAUGUGUGCCUUUGCUGCCUUUGGUGGUAUUCUGUUUGGUUAUGAUUCUGGAUAUAUCAGCGGUGUCAUGGGGAUGGAUUAUUUCAUCCACCUGUUUGAGGGAGAGAAUGCUUCUGCUCUCCCCUCGUCGAAAAAAUCUCUCAUCACUUCCAUUCUCUCGGCUGGUACCUUCUUCGGCGCCCUGAUUGCCGGUGAUCUGGCAGACUGGUUCGGUCGUCGCACAACCAUCAUUGCCGGCUGCGGCAUCUACCUGGUCGGUGUGGUGCUGCAGACUGCCGCAAGUGCGUUGCCCCUGCUGGUCGUCGGUCGGCUGGUGGCCGGCUUUGGCGUCGGCUUUGUCUCGGCCAUCAUCAUCCUGUACAUGUCCGAGAUUGCCCCUCGCAAGGUGCGUGGUGCCAUCGUGUCCGGCUACCAGUUCUGCGUCACCAUUGGCCUGAUGCUGGCCUCGUGCGUCGACUACGGUACCGAGAACUACACCAACUCGGGCGCCUACCGCAUUCCCAUCGGCAUCCAGCUCGCCUGGGGUCUCAUCCUGGGCACCGGUCUCUUCCUGCUGCCCGAAUCCCCGCGCUACUAUGUCCGCAAGGGCCAGCUGGACCGCGCCGCCCACGUGCUGGGCAAGGUGCGCAGCCAGCCUGUCGAGUCCGAGUACAUCCAGCAGGAGCUUGCCGAGAUCGUCGCCAACAACGAGUACGAGCUGCAGGUCAUCCCCCAGGGCGGCUACUUUGCCUCGUGGUAUAACUGCUUCCGCGGUAGCCUGUGGUCGCCCAACUCCAACCUGCGCCGCACCAUCCUGGGUACCUCGCUGCAGAUGAUGCAGCAGUGGACGGGUGUCAACUUUGUCUUCUACUUUGGUACCACCUUCUUCGAGGCCCUGGGCACCAUCCACAACCCCUUCCUCAUCUCCAUGAUCACCACCAUCGUCAACGUCUGCUCCACCCCGAUCGCCUUCUGGUCCAUGGAACGCAUCGGCCGCCGCCCGCUCCUCCUCUGGGGCGCCCUGGGCAUGGUCGUCUGCCAGUUCAUCGUCGCCAUCAUCGGCGUCACCGACGGCCAGAGCCCCUCCGCCGUCUCCGCCAUGAUCGCCUUCAUCUGCAUCUACAUCGCCUUCUUUGCUUCUACUUGGGGCCCCGGCGCCUGGGUCGUCAUCGGCGAGAUCUACCCGCUCCCCAUCCGCUCGCGUGGUGUCGCCCUCUCCACCGCCUCGAACUGGCUGUGGAACUGCAUCAUCGCCGUCAUCACCCCUUACAUGGUCGACUCCGAUAAGGGCAACCUCGGCGCCAAGGUCUUCUUCAUCUGGGGCUCCCUCUGCGCCUGUGCCUUUGUCUACGCUUACUUCCUUAUCCCCGAGACAAAGGGUCUCACCCUCGAACAGGUCGAUAAGAUGAUGGAGGAGACCACCCCGCGCACCUCGGCCAAGUGGACCCCUCAUUCCAGCUAUGCUGCCGAGAUGGGCUUCUCGGAGAAGGAUGCCGCAGAGGUUGUCCAUGCUGAAGAUAAGGUCUAACCUUUCUUUGCCUUUUUAUUUUUGUUUUCGAUUAUGCCUUGAUACCUAGUCUUGUUCAUGUUAGAUGAUAUAU